AUGGAGCUGCAGCUCCAGUGGCUCGUGUUUUUUCCUGGCCGGCCUAGCAAGGCCGAUUGGCGUCGCUUUGAUGCCUCCGCGCGAAUUGCACGCGCAGCUCUUCAACGUAACAGUGCUUGCCACAUAUUGUUCGAAGACAGAAUAUGCAUCAGCUUGAGCCCAGACUUCUUGGGUGGAGUGGGUGGAGUGUGGGAUGGUACUGAAGCUCUCUACCAGACCUUGCUGAAAGAAAUCGCCGAUGGAAGGCCGGUGCCGCAUGCAACUUUGAUGCCAAAAAGUAAUCUGGCUGAUUUUCUUCGCGGCAUGCUGCAACCAGUGGACGUUGUAUUGGACUUUCGUGAAAAUGGCGCAAUGGUCCUUGGCCUCUACCAAGAGGGCCCUAGACGGCCCCGCAAUGCCUUGUGCAUUAUCGGGGGUGUCAAGGAUAUCCACGACGAAGAGACGAAAGUCUUGAAACAGACCUGCUUGGAUUUGCGAAAGACCAGGCUUAAAGUCAGCCUCGGCUCACAAGCUGAGCUGACGUCGAAGUGCAUGAAGGCUGUCGGCGAGCUGAACAAGGGUCCAACUUUCGCCAACGCCAUCUCUCACUUUCUGUCAUCCGAACCUGUCCGUCCACCGGCGAGGGCAGACUUCCGGCCCCGGUUGCAUCUCAUCGUGGUGCUUCCAGCCGCAACCUCUUUCCUCCAGUACUUUGAGCAGCCAGGAACUGCGACGAUGGUUGUCGAUGCUUUCGUGAACAGCCAUGGCGUCUACAGAAACAUGUGGCUCAGCUUCCUAACCGACAGAGGCGACGCGCUGACCAUCCAGUCACCUGGUACCAAGUGCUUGGCCGAAGCUGAUGCCACAACAUUCCUGAAGGAGAAAUUGCGGCACUUCCAAAGUUCGAAUCGAACGCUGGCGGCCCUUCUCAAAGACAGCAAGGAUAGCCAUGGAAGAGGCGGCCAGCGUGUUCUGGUGGCAGAUGAGACGAGGCCAGUGCUGCAGCAACGCAUGGACAGAGCAGCAGGCCAACCACAGGAACAGGUGGCUGUAGUUUUCGUGAACACAGAGAUCGAGCGGGAAGCUGCGAUCCAGGCAUGCAGUGAUGCAGGUGUGUGCUUCCACGCCUGCGCCAACGUGGGAGGUGUGGCGUCGGGCAUGGCCUACGCCAAUGUGCUCCACAGUGCAGGAGUGCUUGGGCCCUGCCUGGCAGCAGCUGUCCCCAGCCGCCAUGCCGCCAAUCGUGGGAGUGCAGCGAAGCCUUCGCAAGCUGCGUGCCCCAGUGUCAGUCGCAACUCCCGUCUGCCAGCGGAUAUGCGACCGAAAGGCAGCGGCAAACUGGCACCGUGGGCUGCGGGGGCUGCAGCCGCGAAUGCCGCGGCACCGACGGUGUGGCAACUGCCCUCGUCUUGCCAAGAAGAGGCGUCGUCGAGCAGUGCCAAGAGCGAGACGCGCUCACAAGUCUGCGACGCCCUACCGACGCCUACCACUGAUCCUGGCAACACCGUGCUCAGCACAGAAAACGGAGCAGAGCAUCUCGAUCCCAGUGAUGCGGCCGCUUCCAGUGCGGAACCUGAGCCGGAGAAGCCAGAGAGUUCACAGCCAUCGGAUUGA